CUGCCAAUCAGAGCGGGUCUAUUUGGCUCUGCCGGUGAGACAGCUGUCACUGCGUCUGCCGAGGUCAAGGGGAAAGAAGCAUGGCAGCGUUGUUUAGAGGGUGUCGAAAUGCUCUGCUAAAGUGGAAUAAUCUUGUUAGCCCCACCUGUGUGUCUGUGCGGUCCAUGGCCUCAAAAACACCUGUUGGGUUUAUUGGUGUGGGGAACAUGGGCAGUCCCAUGGCCAAAAACCUGCUGAAAAAUGGGUACCCCAUCAUCGCCACUGAUGUGUUUCCCGAGUCCUGCAAGGAGCUGCAAGAUCUGGGAGCCCAGGUAGUGGACUCCCCAGCAGAAGUAGCUGAGAAAGCAGACCGCAUCAUCACAAUGCUGCCCUCCAGUCCCAACGUCAUAGAGGUCUACACGGGCCCCAAUGGCAUCCUCAAGAAGGUAAAGAAGGGAACCCUUUUGAUAGACUCCUCUACGAUUGACCCUGCCGUCUCAAAGGAAAUGGCGGUAGCUGCAGAGAAGAUGGGAGCGGUCUUCAUGGAUGCGCCCGUGUCAGGAGGUGUCGGGGCUGCCAGCAUGGCCAAGCUGACCUUCAUGGUGGGUGGAGUGGAGGAGGAGUACAAUGCUGCCCAGGAGCUGCUCACCUGCAUGGGGGCCAAUGUUGUCUACUGUGGACAAGUUGGUACCGGACAGGCAGCGAAGAUCUGCAACAACAUGCUACUGGCUAUCGGCAUGAUUGGAACCGCAGAGACUAUGAACCUCGGCAUCAGACUGGGUUUGGAUCCCAAGCUACUGGCAAAGAUCCUCAACAUGUCCUCAGGCCGCUGCUGGUCCAGUGACACGUACAAUCCCGUCCCCGGCGUCAUGGAGGGAGUCCCCUCAGCCAACAACUACCAGGGAGGCUUUGGUACCACACUUAUGGCCAAGGAUCUCGGUUUGGCCCAAAACACGGCCACCAACACCAAGACGCCCGUCCCUCUCGGUUCCCUCGCCCACCAGAUCUUCAGAGUCAUGUGCUCCCGCGGCUUCGCGAAUAAGGACUUCUCAUCCGUCUUCCAGUUCCUGCGCGAGGAGGAAGGACAGUGAGCGGAGGAGGACCCGAUUGUUCAUGUAACGCACACACACACCGCAAACACACACGACAGGGCCCCUCGUCCCACAAUGCUCAGGAGAGACUGCACUCUUGCCCUGAGGCAGAGCGACAGUCCAAUUAGCAUCCAACAUUUGCUCAUUGCAUUAGUGGAGAUUUUCACUUCAUGGCAGUCCAUGGAAAUGCUAAAGCUGGUCUCAGAUCAGUUCCUAAAGACAAUUCUAUUCUGUGGUACGCGUCCUCACACUUUAUGGUAUUUUUGGUGGUAAUUCAUGUUUAAUAUAGUUUUUUUCUGUUUUGCCUGUUUCCUGCAUGACAUGACAAGCACACAAUGUUAAGGACUUUGGUGAAGCAUUUAAUCUGCUUCGAAGUUUACUGUUUUUUUUUCAUUUUUUUUCAUAUACUUUAUAUUGUCCACGCUUCCAUUUCCCUUCACUUCUCCGCUGUGAAUGGACCUAUCCUCUUUGUGAAAUACUGUGAGAUUUAGCUGGUUAGCUUAGCACUGUGUGCACGCUGUGCAACGUUCAGGGAAAUUUGACGUUAAAAACAAUCUUACUUGAAUUGACCUCUUUUUGCCACUGAAGUAUUAUUCUGUGACCAGCACUGUUUCAGUUGUUCACUGCGAAAUACUGUCAAACUAUGCCUACUUCCUGUUUGGUGUUAGUUUUCCCUUGAGGAAUAGCUACUUUAGUCCUACCUCCUUUAAAGCAAAUGUACAUAAUAUAUAUUUUAUUUUCUCUUUGAAAGACAUUGAAGACGGUGAUUUUUUUCUUGUAAAAAUUAUUGUCCAUAGUUUGUAUUUGCCCUGUGAAACAGAUCCUCACUACCUGGGCCUAAAAUGUACAUUAAAACAUGUUCUCUGUA